GAAACAAAGGCAUCUUGCCUGCCGCGAGUGGCGUCUGUGCGGAGCCAGGCUGCGGCCCAGGGGCUGCUUCCUUCCUUCCUCGACCCGUGCGCGGUCAUAAAUAUCCGUCGCCGGGGUGGCGCUUGCUCGUUAUGACGGAGCCCCCUGCUGGGACGGGAAUCUGCGAGCACUGGGCUCCCUGUCUCCCUUCCCAGCCGCUGGCUGACUCAGAGUGUGACGCUGGGAGCCGAGCGCUAUAAACCCCGUGGCAAAGGCUGGCGGGUCCCAGCUGCUCUGGCAGAGCAGGGAGAGCGUGAAGCCGAGCUCCCUGCCGAGGAGAGCGCUGAAGGCAGGAGGCUUUUGACUUCAGGCCCUGGACGGGGUUUCCUCUGGAGGGGGCAGCUGCCCAGCGACCCGCUCCCCGGCGGCUGACUCUGCCCGGGCCGCAGCCCCCACUCCCUCAGCCCCCGACUCCACUGAGAUGUUUCUCUCCAGACCGAGGGCCACGCACAGGAAGCCGGGCCCGCUGCCCACCUGCCCCAACGUCCUCACCCCCGACCGGAUCCCCAAGUUUUUCAUCCCCCCCAAACUCUCCACCUUGUAUGGCAGAGCCCCGGGCGGGAGCCCCGGUUCCCAGCAGAGCCCCCAAGGGACCGGGAGCCUGGAGACACGCAGGGCCCUGAGCAGAGCUGCCGAUCGGCGUGUCACUCACGCGCAGAGCCUGCACCAGGACCCCGCGGCCAGGGCAGAGGGUGAGGCUGGCCAGCAGCUCCCCCCUGCCUGCUCCAUGUCCCACCCCGUCAGCCCAGGGGGCUUCCCCCUCCUGCCCGAGAGCCCCCACACGCGCCGAAGGGAGUCCCUCUUUCACACCACGUGCCCACCGUACCGCAUCUCCCUCGACCUCUCCCCAGAGCCCGGCGCCAGGCUCCUGCCCCCAGAGCUGCGGCCCUGGCAGCCCGUCUCCCAGCCCGACGCCUUGGACUGCGACGCGGCCUCCUCUGCAGGUUCCUCGCCCUUCAGCUCUCCGGUGCUGGGGCACUCGCUGGCCUGCCAGGCCCACUGGGGCCGGCCCCUCUGCAGCCGCACCCUGGAUGCCCAGGCCAGGGGCCGGGCCAGCUCGCUGUCUGCCGAGGAAGCCAGCUCUACGGACGAGAGCCCCAGCUUCCCACGCCGACAGGCCGAGCCCAGCUGGGGGGCAGGGGCCAGGCUGGUCCCCCCACCCUUCUACCCCUUGGACUUCAUCUGCCACCCCGCGCGGGUGGCCCAGGAGAACACGGUGGCGCUGAGCCGAGGCGGGUGCCUGCGCCUCUCCUCCGAGUACGUCCCGGCCAGCUGGCGCCUGCACGUCCGGCUGGUCAGCGCCGAGGGGCUCUACCCGCGGCCCUGCGACCCCCGGCGCGUCGGCUGCUGCGUGGCCCUGCAGCUGCGACCCGGCAAGGCGCCGAAGCAGCGCAGCGCCGUGGUCAAGAGGAGCCGGAGCCCCAUCUUCAAUGAGGACUUCUUCUUCGAGGGCCUGGCGCCCCACGAGCUGCCCGCCCGCCGCCUCCGGCUCCAGGCGCUCAACAAGGGCUGCGGCGUGAGGCGGGACGCCGUGCUGGGCGAGGCCGAGGUCCCGCUGCCUGCCCUGCUGCCCCCCUAGGGGCCUGGGAGGAGGGAGAAUCAGAGAGCCACGUUUCGGGGGGCUGGAGGGCCUAUGGCUACUGCCCAGCA